AUGGCUGAGGAGACUGGAGCAAAAGGAAAGAAGCAUUUGAAAGCAACGAUCACCAUUGCUAUGUCUAAUUAUCUCGAAGCAGCGUCGAUUGUGGCGGGUGCCGGUGGUCUUUCUCUUUGGGUUGAGUAUUUGCAAUUGAGUGAUUUCGAAGUCGGUCUACUCGGUGCAGUAAGUGCAAACGGUUUUGGUUCGGCGAUCGGAGCGCUGCUCGGUGGAUUUCUUGCCGAUCGUUAUGGCCGCAAAUUUGUCUAUAAAUACGAUCUCGUCGUGUACAUGUGCGGUGUUGCACUUAUCUCGCUCGCCAUUAAUUUUCCAAUGCUGUUGAUCGGUUAUGUGAUAACUGGCGUGGCAGUAGGUGCUGCGAUUCCCGCAGCAUGGACAUACAUUGCAGAAGAAGCACCGCCGAAUGAGCGAGCAGCAAGAGUAGGUUGGGGACAAUUUGCAUGGUCAGUAGGACCUGCUAUUUCUCUAUUGAUGUCUGUGGCUUUGUCACCAUGGGGAUUGUUGGGUAGUCGAAUUAUUUUUAUUUCAUUGCUUGUCACGGCAUUUAUCACGUGGAUUUUGAGGCAGAAAAUAGAUGAAUCACACGUUUGGACAGAAAGACAAAAGAAAAAACGAGAUGCUACUCUAUUGGAAGCGAGAACGCAACAGCCUCAAAGAAAGACUUCUUUACUACGAGAACUAAUUACCGUUAAAGCUAACCGAAAAGCUUUUCUUCUGCUCUUCGGCAUUUACUUUUUUUGGUGCCUUGUCGCAGGUGUUAUGGGUUAUUUCAUGCCUUACAUUUAUCAGAUUGCUGGGUGGCGUUUAACAUCAACACACGCAAAUUUACUGCAAGCGUCACUGUGGGUAUUCACCAUUUUAUCUACCUAUUUUGUGUUCAUUCGCUUUGGAGAUAAGUGGAAUCAAAGAUACUUAUUCAGCAUUGGAGCUUUAAUGGAAAUUAUCGGAUGGAUAAUAUUGGUUGUUGGAGGAAUGGGCUGGGUAGAGUUGUGUCUGUUUGUGGUGAUCUGGGGUGUGGCAGCCGGUUUCGGUGCUCAAGCAUUUUAUAGUUUAUGGGCGAGUGAACUCUUUAAAACUGAAUAUCGAGCGGCGGCACAAGGAACCAUGUUUUGCCUAGUGCGGGUGGGCGUAGGUUUGAUAUCACUCGUUGUACCUGUGAUGAUCACGAGGAUUGGAUUUAGUUGGUUGGCUGUUAUCAUGAUCGCUUUACUGUUUAUUCACUCGCUCAUCGGAUUUCUUUUGGCACCAGAAACAAGAGGCAAGACGUUGGAUGAAAUCGAAAAGGAGUGGUACGGAGAAGAAAAAACAGAGGCAACUGCCGAAAUGGCAAAUAAUACUGACGUGUAG